AUUUUAUAGACAGUCAUGUUAAUUCUUCUUAACCUUAGUUUUUCAAUUUGAAGUGUCCUAAUUUUUGUAGUUUCUCUGUAGAUAAUAAGCAAGCUUGAUUAUUUUUGUCUUCUCUUUCAUACUAAAUAGACACCAUGACAUUUUUUUUUACUCUUUUCUAUGGUCCUUAAAAUGUUGCUUUUUUGGGGCAUGCGUGUAGCCUGACAUUUGGCUAAUGUAGUGGUAAUAAUCAUAUCAGACAUGGUUUGAACUCAUUUAAUGCCCCCACCUUCUGGAAGUAUUAAUUUGACCACUUUUCAGAUGAGGAAACUAAUGCUGAGAGAGAUCAAGUGUUGAUGUUCAGCUGUCUCCCAAGUUCACGUCUUCAGAAGAUAGACUGUAUUUCCCAAGUAAUAGCUUGAUUUCUCAAAUGUUAAUUUUUAUUGUUUUCCUGUAAUUUUUAUUGUGUUAUACCCUUUCAUACCUUUAGCACAGAGUAGUGCCUACUUAGUUUUUUAAAAAUAUUAUUUAUCAUAAAAUUGUUUUCUCAUUUAAGCCUGUGAUAGACUCUCCUCUGAAAAUAAAAACGUUGAUCUGAAGAGAGGUAAAAUAUUCUUUAGUCAUUUUAAGUACUUAAUGGCUUUCUGUGAGAAUUUCCUUAACUUCUUUUUUUUGGUGUCCUUUCGUACAUGGUUUUUGUCCAUGGUUCGGGAUGACUUUAAAUAUGGAAAAAUUACCCUAGAAAAAACUCUGAAAUUACUUGAAAAAUUAGAUAUUCGGUGCAAUACUAUUCACGUGAAGUAUAUUUUUAAGGAUAAUGACAGGCUGAAGCAAGGAAGAAUCACCAUAGAAGAAUUUAGAACAAUUUAUCGAAUUAUUGCACACAGAGAAGAAAUUAUUGAGAUUUUCAACACGUAUUCUGAAAACCGGAAAUUUCUUUUUGAAAAGAAUCUGGCCCAAUUUUUGACACAAGAGCAGUAUACACUUGACAUUAAUAAAAGUAUUGCUUCUGAGAUCAUUCAAAAAUAUGAGCCUAUUGAAGAAGUUAAACAAGCACACCAGAUGUCAUUUGAAGGUUUUAGAAGAUACAUGGAUUCGUCUGAAUGUCUACUAUUUAAUAAUAAGUAUGAAAGUGUUUAUCAAGAUAUGACUCAUCCACUGAGUGAUUAUUUUAUUUCAAGUUCACAUAAUACGUACUUGAUAUCUGACCAAUUAGUGGGACCAAGUGACCUUUGGGGAUAUGUAAGUGCCCUUGUGAAAGGAUGUCGUUGUCUGGAAAUUGACUGCUGGGACGGAUCACAAAAUGAACCUGUUGUAUACCAUGGCUAUACAUUGACCAGCAAACUUCUGUUUAAAACUGUUAUCCGAGCGAUACACAAAUACGCAUUCAUAACAUCUGACUACCCAGUGGUGCUCUCUUUAGAAAAUCACUGCUCCCCUUCCCAACAAGAAGUGAUGGCAGACAAUUUGCAGUCUACUUUUGGAGACGCCUUGCUUUCUGAUACUCUUGAUGAUUUUCCAGACAAAUUACCUUCACCAGAGGCAUUAAAAUUCAAAAUAUUAGUUAGAAACAAGAAAAUAGGAACUUUAAGGGAAACCCGUGAAAGGAGAGGUUCUGAUAAGCAUGGUCAGGUAGAGGAAUGUGAAGAAGAAGAGGAGGCAGAGCAAGAGGAGGAGGAAAAUGAGGCCAAAGGACCAGAACCAUCGGAUGCUUUUCAAGAUGAUUUGGAAAAGGAGGCAGAGUCAAAAGGGGCAGUCGGAAUUCCACUCUUCAAGAAAAAGUUAAAAAUAGCUACGGCCCUAUCUGAUCUUGUUAUUUAUACUAAAAUUGAGAAGUUCAGAAGUUUUCACCAUUCAAGACUGUAUCAACAAUUUAAUGAAAGUAACUCUAUUGGGGAGUCACAAGCCCGAAAACUUUCAAAGUUGAGAGCCAAUGAAUUUAUUCUUCACACCACGAAGUUCAUUACCAGAAUAUAUCCCAAAGCAACAAGAGCAGACUCUUCUAAUUUUAAUCCUCAAGAAUUUUGGAAUGUAGGUUGUCAAAUGGUGGCCUUAAAUUUCCAGACCCCUGGUCUGCCUAUGGAUCUUCAAAAUGGGAAAUUUUUGGAUAAUGGUGGUUCUGGAUAUAUUUUGAAACCACACUUCCUAAGAGAUAGUAAAACAAAGUUUAAUCCAAAUAAAGCACUAAUGGACAGUAAUCCAGUCAUACUUAUGAUAAGGCUCAUCAGUGGGAUCCAGUUGCCUCCCAGUUGUCAUUCAUCAUCUAACAAAGCUGACACUUUAGUGAUUAUAGAAAUUUUGGGAGUUCCAAAUGAUCAAAUGAAACAGCAGAGUCGUGUAAUUAAAAAAAAUGCUUUUAGUCCAAGAUGGAAUGAAACAUUCACAUUUAUUAUUCAGGUGCCAGAAUUGGCAUUGAUACGUUUUGUUGUUGAAAAUCAAGGUUUAAUAGCUGGAAAUGAAUUUCUUGGGCAAUAUACUCUACCAGUUCUAUGCAUGAACAAAGGUUACCGUCGUGUUCCUCUGUUUUCCAAAAUGGGUGAGAGUCUUGAGCCUGCUUCCCUGUUUAUCUAUGUUUGGUAUGUCAGAUAGCAACUAAUGGUGCCGGACACGGUGUUAGCUGUACAUCGCAAUAAAACAGCCAGAAUGGGUGUCCAUAUCUUUCCCC